AGAAAGUCACAAAAAGCGGCUAUCUUUAGCGCCCAUCAGAAUCAAAGAUGACACUUUGAGCACCACCUUAAAAGACACAAAAGAUGAGAGCAUGUUUGUUAGGGUGUCAGUUUUCUCCCCUUGCCUCUUGAAACUCGUAUUGGCCGCUUGCCCAAUGCGGUGCUGCAUACAAAUAUUGACAGAACACAGCGGUGUUUGUUAAACCCGGGCUGGGGAAGCCAGUGAUUAAAACUCUUGAAGGAAGAUCCGAAAACCCCAGGAACUCUCCUCAAUAGCGUUAGAACAUUGACCGAAUGAGAGAGAAAACUCUGAGUGGGCUAAGGUGAAAACACUCACCGUCCCUGUCUGCUAUGCCUUUUCGUGACUCUGGAAACAGAAGGGGAGUUCUUAUAAAUCACAAAGGAAAAUAAAUAACUUCACUCAUGGAGGGAAAGAGACAGCUUGAGAAAAGGGACUUUGGAAAAAGGCUGUCUCUAGACAGCAGUCUUGUGGAAUACAUGGACUCCAAUAAAUACAUAGAGCAUCUGCUAACUCAACUCGAGGAGCAACACAGAAGUCUCUGGAGGGAGAAGUUGGCUGUGGCCCGACUACAGAGAGAAAUUGCCCAAAGAAGAAGUGAAGGGGCCAUGCAUGAGAAGCUGAUACAUGAAUUGGAAGAAGAGAGACACUUACGUCUUCAGAGUGAGAAGCGAUUGCGGGAGGUGACACUGGAGUCUGAACGCAGCAGAAUUCAGAUGCGUGGCCUGCAGCAGCAAUUCGCCAGGAUGGAAGAAACAGUACGAAAUCUAUUGCAGAGUCAAGGACCUGCAGAACAGAAAAAAGAAGAAACUGUUAAUAUAAUGGUCUAUCAGGAAAAACUGUCAGAAGAAGAGAGAAAACACAAGGAAGCUUUGGAAGACCUUCACAUGGUGGUAGAUGAAGAUUCGAGGAGCGAAAGCAGCAGUGCGGAUGAGGGGAAAGGAAAGACCAAGUUGCUGUUAGAAAGAUUGAAAGCUCUAGAGGCAGAGAAUUCAGCAUUGGCUUUGGAAAAUGAAAAUCAGCGGGAACAGUAUGAGAGAUGUCUUGACGAGGUAGCCAACCAAGUUGUUCAAGCUCUGCUCACUCAAAAGGAUCUAAGAGAGGAAUGUAUAAAGUUGAAAACAAGAGUGUUUGAUUUGGAACAACAGAAUCGAACGCUAAGCAUUCUAUUCCAACAGCGAGUCAGACCAACUUCUGAUCUACUCCUCCAGAAACUUCAGUCACGCAUCUUAGAUCUUUCAUCCGGAGAUUUGCUUUCAGAAGUGGAAAGAAGCCGGAGUCUGACGCAGUCACAAACCGAUGCUGAGAUGCACGAAUGCCAGCUGAAUGCAAAAUCAGGAACCCCUGCUUUGAAAUGCCCUGGCUUGGGGGUUGUCAUCCCUGGUCAUCUCUGUCCUCGCAAUAGCUGCAGCAGCAGCAGCGAACUGUCUCUUUCGAGCACCUGCAGCGAGUACUCCAGCGGCUCCUCCUACACGUGGCAUGAUGGGAAGAACUUCAGGAAAAGGCAAUCAUCACAAAACUGGGAUAAAAGGCUAAGUAUUGACUCUUCGCUCCCAAGUGGCUUUGCUAGUCCUACAGAUGAACUACCUCCAACUCGUAUCAAGGAAAGCCACAUUUUGGAAGGACUAAAAAAGCUGCAGAAGCGAAAAGUGUUACUUGAACCCCAGUCAGUGAUAACCAAAUGGGGUUAUAAAGAUUGCAUGAACUCAAAUGAAGGAAUAUAUUCUCCAGGAAUUAAGAGUAGCAGCCUCAAGGAGUAUUCCCCCUGCAAACCAACUGACGUGGGGAGCCUCUGCAAGGAGCCCCAAAAAGCGUUUGUGUAUGAUACAGAUUCCCACGAUGAUGCCGAUGAGGACUCUUCUUCCUUAGCAUUGCUGCAAGCAGUUCCAAACCAGGGCUGCGGGCUGCAUGGUUGUAAAUUAACCCACAGUGUUUCUGACAGUCUAUUUGGCUGGCAGAUGAAUGGAAAACACUUUUCAGAAGGCACGUCCUCAGUUUAUCCCAGGGAAAGGCCUGAAAAGCUGACCAGUUGUGCCAGCAACUGCCCUUUGGAGAAGAAGCUGUGCCCAAGUGUGCAGGCACCUCAGGUACAGAGAGAGGGGGAUCCACAUAGUCAGGACCACAUGGCUCUCAAUCUCCAGCUCUCAGACACUGAUGAUAACGAAACCCUCGAUGAGCUGCACAUAGAGAGCAGUGAUGAGAAAAGCCCUUCAGACUUGUCAUUGACUGCUGACACUGACAAGUCCAUGGAGAACCUGGACUUCCUCAUGGGAUUUGGAAAAUCCCAACUUGGGUCUCCUAAUGAGGAGGAAAGACAAGUGCCCAUCCAUUUAGAGAGUAGGCCAAAGACGUUUAGUUUCAUUAAGCAGCAAAGAGUUGUAAAAAGGACUUCUUCAGAAGAAUGUGUUACUGUAAUAUUUGAUGCAGAAGAUGGCGAGCCCAUUGAAUUUAGCUCUCAUCAGACUGGUGUUGUCACCGUUACCAGAAAUGAAAUUUCCAUCAAUCAAGCCCCUCCUGGACCUAAGGCAGAACACACUGAACUUUUACCUCAGGGAAUUGCUCAUUUACAGCCAGGAGCCGCUUCGAGAGACUACACUUUCUUAACGAGACCUGAAGGGGAAACUGAGAAUAACAUUCCAAAAGAUGAUGUAGGUAAUGUUGCCGCAGCACCCACUGAAUCUUUCAGCCCCAGGACAGUAACGCAAAAUACUCAGCGACAAAGACUGGCCAAACCAAUACACAAUGUGUCAUGCCAGAGUAACUCUAGGUCUUCAGUGUCCAUGGGUAUCUAUCAGAAGCAAAGUCUGACAAAAAUACCAGCCAGGGGCAAGUCUUCACCUCAGAAAUCAAAAAUAAUGGAGCCUGAAGCCUCCACAAGAGUCCUCUCAUCUGGUCCCGUGAGUCUUGAAAAAUUAUCAGCCUUAGCUCCUGGGAAAGUCUCACGGUUCAAGAAGAAUGAGAGCCCAGUGCCUCUCUUUGAUUUACGGCCAGAUUCACACAUUCCAAAACAUCCCACCCAACUUCCUCAUGGCUCCAAAAUGUCCGGCAGAAGGGAUUGGGUCCAAUGCUCCAAGAGUCAGAUUCCAGCAUCACAGUUGCUGUCAAGGCCCCUUAUUGAGACUAGUGACGAUGGAGAACCCCCCACAAGGGAUAAACACUGUGACCCUGGGCCAGGGGUGAAAUCACCUCCCCCCCCACCCCCUCCAGGCAGGUCAGUCUCCCUACUCAUCAGGUCCAGUUAUGACAAUUUGCCACCACCUUCAUCUACCAAGUCUGAAACCAGGGUUCCCAGUGAAACAGCAAGAAUAGUAUUCAAAUCCCCCCCUCUGAAAGGAUCCUCUGUUCCUAUUAUUUCUUCUAAUCAGACCAUGACAGAAGUACAGGGGAAGAAACCUUCUAUGGCCUUCAAAAAGCCCAUCUUCACGCACCCUCUGUCCUCCACAGAAACAGUGAUUCAAACCAGAUGCUCUGCUCAUAUCCCCUCUAACUCAUUUGCCGUGAUGGCCCCAGGGCCCCCAAAGAUCUCUCCAAAGAGAGGUAUCCCCAAAACCCCACCUCACCAAACACUUGGGACCACACAAACAGAUACAGGGUUACGAACUCCCAAGAAUUGUCCUUCAACCCAUGAACCACUGGAAAUACCAUCCUCCAAAAGUGUAUCUCCAGGAAGAAAAGGACAGUUGAGUGACAGUGUCUCCACAUCACCCAAGCCUUCCUUCUUAGGGGUAAAUGAGUCACCAUCAUCUCAGGUUAACAGUCCCUCAUCAGCACCAUCCUCUAAAAGCCAUAAUGCCCCACAUGGUUGUCAAAAUGCUCACGAGAAAGGACUUAAAACUCGCCUCCCAGUUGGGCUCAAAGUUCUCAUGAAGUCUCCCCAAUUGCUCAGGAAAAGUUCCACGGUGCCAGGGAAACAUGAAAAGGACAGUCUAAAUGAAGCCUCUAAAAGUUCUGUGGCUGCAAGCAAGUCUAAGCCAGAGGACUCCGGGAAUCCAGCAAGCCUUGAGACCACAGUGGGUGAAAGACAUGUGAGUCCACUAGGUUUGCAAGCACAAGACAGUUUGUCUGAAGUGCUUCCCCUGGAAACAGCAACGCCAGAGUCAUUGGAAAAUAGCAUCCUUGGGGCCGAUGGGAAAGACGGGGUGGAAAACAGGUCUGUGAAAAGAUCCCUUUCUUCCAACAAGCCACACCUAAAACCAGCUCUAGGCAUGAAUGGAGCCAAAGCCCGCAGCCAGAGUUUCAGUGCUCACUCAGGAGACAAGCCCUCCACUCCCUCCAUGGAAGGGCCAGGCAAAGUUCGAACUCAGAUUAUUACCAACACUGCUGAGAGAGGCAAUUCUCUCACCCGGCAGAGUUCCUCCACAGAAGGCUCUCCCAACAAGACCCCUUCUAUCCUCAUGUCUGACAGUCUCCUCAUCGCAGGGAGGCCACCUGGACAUCCCUCCUCCAGGCAAGGCUCCCUGGGGAGCACGGGCAGCUCCAGCAGCCAGCAUGGGAGCCCAAGCAAGAUGCCUUUGAGGGUCCCUCCAAAAUCUGAAGGGCUCCUCACGCCACCUGGCAUGGAAGACCCGCAGGCCUAUGCCCAGGGAGGAUGCUCUAGUGUGGCUGCUCCUGAGGAAACAGGCAGUGACCACUGCAGUUGCCCACCCACCCCCCCAGACUGCCCACGAGCCCUGCAGAGCCCAGGGAGGACGCAGCGUCCAAGCAAUUUUGAAACAAGCAGGACCUCCAAGUCGGAAACUUCUGGAAGGUAUCCAGACACUUCCACAACCAGGACUGGUGCUAUGAGCCCAGAAGCCCCCCUCUCACCCACAAUCGAAGAAAAGGUCAUGUUGUGCAUUCAGGAAAAUGUGGAGAGGGGCCAAGUGCAAACAAAGUCGACCUCUGUGGAAGCGAAGCCUAAGCCCGGGCCUUCUUUUGCCAGCUGGUUUGGUUUUCGGAGGAGCAGGCUUCCAGCUCUCAGUAGCAGGAAAAUGGAUGUCUCCAAAACCAAAGUAGAAAAGAAAGAUGCAAAAGGUUUGGGGUUUGGAAACAAACAGCUAAAAUCAGAGAGAAAAAAAGAGAAAAAGAAGCCUGAACUACAAUGUAAGAUAGAAAAUGAACUUAACAGAGACACGGAGUUGGCAGAUAGGCCAGACAGUGGUUUACAAAGCAAAAAUGAUCUGAAAACACCACAAGACAUUUACGGCCAAAUGAAGUUUGAACCGAGAAAUAGACCCAGCCCUGUAACAUGUUCAACAAAAGAUACUUUUAUGACAGAACUUUUGAACAGAGUUGAUAAGAAAGCAGCUCAACAGACAGAAAGUGGAUCAAAUAAUGUUUCCUGCAGGAGUGUAUUAAAGGGCAGCUCCCAGGGCUCCUGUCUCACCAGCAGCUCUAUCAGCACUCAAGGAAACCAUAAGAAAAACAUCAAAACCAAAGCUGAUAUGGAAAUACCAAAAGGCUCCCUGAUAAAAAAGGCAAAUGAAAACCUGCAAGAGGAUGAAGAAGAUACAAUUGCAGAUUCUGCAUUUCAGAGCCACAUCAUAGAAUCAAACUGCCAGAUGAGGACGCUGGACAGUGGGAUCGGAACCUUCCCACUCCCAGACUCAGGAAAUCGCUCAACGGGACGGUACAUAUGUCAACCAGAAGACAGUGAGCCCAUCCUGUCUCUCCAGCCAGCCCUCGGUGCAGCUUCUUCCAUCAGAGCCCAGACCCUCGAACGAGAAGUGCCUUCCUCUGCAGACAGCCGGGGCUCUGCAGACAACACCAUUGUUCAUUCCACGUCCGACCCGAUCAUGACUGCCAGAGGGAUGCGACCUCCUCAGAGUCGCCUUCCCAAACCAGCAUCCUCAGGAAAAAUCGAUUCUCAAAAGCAGAAUGAAGCAGAGCCAAGGCCUCAGACUUGCUCAUCAUUCGAAUAUGCUGAAAACACAAUGACAAGCCAGCCAUUGCCAGACUGGGUGGGUGAAGAUGCCACUGCUGAGACCCAGGACAAGGUACCCAGAAUGUGUGCAUACUCUGCCAGCGGUGGCAGUGAUAGUGACAGUGACCCGGACUAUGGAAAUAAUGGUUUUGGAGCUGGAAGGGGCAAGUUAGUGAAAACAAUGAAGAGCACCACCCAAGAAUUGGCAGUAGAAAAACCAGCAUCCUGA